AACUAUGUGAAAUUCCACCUUUUGUAUUCUUAACUAUAAUUUGGUUGAUUAAGAAUCGAAUAUUUGUUUACUUGUGAAUAGCUACUUAAAGCUUUAGCUUCCUAUUGCAUAAUCACUAAGCAGAACAAUACCAUUUGAAACUACAAACUUUUCUUCUCUUUCAAUACAUUACAAUUAAAUCUUACGAUAACCAAACUAUCAUAGUCUCGGUCCACCACGAAAAGAGGCCUAUUCCAGACCGAAUCUUCCUUGAAAAAGAGAAGACCGAAAUGAUUUCAAUUAAGAGAAGACCAAGAGGUAAUAAUCCAGUUACAAUGAACUCAAUCAACCCUCAAGUUCAACAAGUUCAUUCUAAUAGCCAUGAUGAAGAGGACUAUAAUCUGAGAGACACAAAUCCGCAACUCGGAGAACGGUGGCCUAAUGGUGGAAAUUAUAAUGGAAGAGGAUGGAUGAGUGGUGGUGAAAGAUCAACAAGCACAUAUGACCUUGUUGAGCAGAUGUUUUAUCUUUAUGUUCGUGUCGUGAAAGCGAAGAAUCUCUCCCUAAAUACACUCACCUCAACAUGUGAUCCUUAUGUUGAAGUGAGGUUAGGGAACUAUAAAGGAAGAACAAAGCAUAUCGAUAAGAGAUCGAAUCCGGAAUGGAACCAAGUCUAUGCUUUCUCCAAAGACCAGAUUCAAUCUUCUGUUUUAGAAGUGAUUGUGAAAGAUAAAGAAAUGGUUGGUAGAGAUGAUUACAUUGGAAGAGUUGUUUUUGAUCUCAAUGAGGUUCCAACUAGAGUUCCACCAGAUAGUCCAUUGGCUCCUCAAUGGUAUAGACUUGAAGACAGAAGAGGGGAAGGAAGGGUUAAAGGCGAUAUUAUGCUCGCGGUUUGGAAUGGAACACAAGCCGAUGAAGCUUUUUCAGAUGCUUGGCAUUCUGAUGCUGCAACUGUUUAUGGAGAAGGUGUUUUCAAUAUCAGAUCAAAGGUUUAUGUGUCACCGAAACUAUGGUAUCUAAGGGUUAAUGUCAUUGAAGCACAAGAUGUGAUAUCUAAUGACAGAAACCGCGUGCCGGAAGUUUUUAUCAAAGCUCAGAUGGGAAGCCAAGUACUGAGGACUAAGGUAUGUCCAACUAGAUCUACUACAACAAUUUGGAAUGAAGAUUUAGUUUUUGUGGCAGCUGAACCGUUUGAGGAGCAAUUGACGAUUACGGUGGAGGAUCGCGUGCACGGUUCAAAAGAUGAGGUGCUUGGAAAGAUAAUGUUACCAUUGACACUCUUCGAUAAGCGUCUAGACCAUAGGCCGGUUCAUUCUCGAUGGUUCAAUCUUGAGAAAUACGGUUUUGGAAUGAUGGAAGGUGAUAGAAGGAAUGAGGUUAAAUUUUCAAGUAGGAUUCACAUGAGAAUUUGCCUUGAAGGUGGAUACCAUGUCUUAGAUGAAUCAACUUUGUAUGCUAGUGAUCAUAGACCAACCGCUAGACAGCUUUGGAAGCAACCUAUUGGAAUGCUUGAAGUAGGGAUCUUAGGAGCACAAAAGCUUCUACCAAUGAAGAUGAACAAUAGCCGUGGAAGCACCGAUUCGUAUUGUGUAGCCAAGUAUGGUCAGAAAUGGAUCAGAACUAGAACGAUUCUCGACACUUUUAGUCCUAAAUGGAAUGAACAAUACACUUGGGAGGUUUAUGAUCCUUGCACAGUUAUAACACUAGGAGUUUUUGAUAAUUGCCAUUUAGGUGGAGGAGGAGAAAAAGGCCCUAGUGGUAGUAGCAAUCCAGCUAGGGAUUCAAGAAUUGGAAAGGUAAGGAUUAGGCUCUCAACACUUGAAGCUAAUAGGAUUUACACAAACUCAUAUCCACUUCUUGUUUUGCAUCAACACGGUGUUAAAAAAACGGGCGAGCUUCAACUAGCAAUAAGGUUCACUACUCUCUCACUGGCUAACAUGGUUUAUAUUUAUGGACAACCUUUGCUUCCAAAGAUGCAUUAUUUAAGUCCUUUCACAGUUAAUCAAGUUGAAAAUUUAAGGUACCAAGCGAUGAAUAUUGUAGCUAUGAGGCUUGGUAGAGCCGAACCUCCUCUCAGAAAGGAAGUAGUUGAGUACAUGUUGGAUGUUGAUUCUCAUAUGUGGAGUAUGAGAAGAAGCAAAGCUAACUUCUUUCGCAUCAUGUCACUUUUCUCUAGUGUGAUCACAAUGGGGAAAUGGUUCAACCAAGUUUGCAAUUGGAAGAAUCCGGUCACAUCGGUUCUAGUUCACGUUCUGUUUCUGAUAUUGAUUUUGUAUCCAGAAUUGAUUUUGCCAACAUUGUUCCUCUACAUGUUCUUAAUUGGUUUGUGGAAUUAUCGGUUUCGUCCAAAAAAUCCAACUCACAUGGAUACUAAACUCUCAUGGGCUGAAGGAGUUAAUCCAGAUGAACUUGACGAAGAGUUUGAUACAUUUCCAAGUUCUAAACCUCAUGAUGUUGUGAGAAUGAGGUAUGAUAGACUUAGAAGUGUCGCGGGAAGAAUUCAAACUGUUGUUGGAGACAUAGCUACACAAGGAGAGAGGUUUCGUUCUUUACUGAGUUGGAGAGAUACAAGAGCAACUAGUCUCUUUAUAGUUUUCAGCUUGUGUUCAGCAGUGAUUCUCUAUGCGACACCGCCAAAAGUGGUGGCUUUGGCUACUGGUUUGUACUUUUUGAGGCAUCCGAAGUUUCGGAGCAAAAUGCCUUCUGUGCCAAGCAAUUUCUUCAAGAGGCUACCGGCUCAAACAGAUAGCAUGCUGUGAUACUUGUUUCUUUUCUUCAAUGGCUAUUUUAUUUUCUUCAUAGCAUUUACAAUGUUUACUAUCUAUCUUCUGUCAAUGUCACUUAGGUAAAAAAACAUCAUCAUAGUUUAUACAUUGUAAAAAUACUUUACUUGUGGUUAUAUGUAUCAUCAUCAUAGUUUGCCAGUUCUGUAAAGUUAUCCAAACAACAUCAAUGAAUAAUUUUACUAACAAAUAAUGUAACAGUAGAAAUUAUCACAUAAAAAUGUAAGUCAUCUCACAAGGUGAGAGCCAAUUCUGCUAGUCCAUCUGCACAUCUAUCUAUUAGUUUCCCUGUA